UCUUCGACUUCGAGACAUUAUCCCUCCAUUCCUGACUCCUUUCUUGUUCACUUCGAGAGACUUCGGCUCCUUCUUUUUAAGCAGAAGCUGGUUAACUUUACUCAGCUUUCCAACAUGGUUGAUUAUAGCAAGUGGAAGAAUAUUGAAGUUAGUGACGACGAAGACGACACUCAUCCAAAUAUUGACACACCAUCUCUAUUCCGAUGGAGACAUCAGGCUCGAGUAGAAAGGACUGAGAAAGAGAUAGAAGAGAAGCAACAGUUUCUUGCAAAGCAGAAAGAGAACAGAACCAAGCUGAGAGAAGCCCAAGACAAGAUGAAGAAAGCGAAAGGUAACCAGGAAGAGAUGUCUGCUCUCAAAAAACAAAUUGAUUCAUUAAAAAAAGAAGAAGAAAAACUCAGAAAACAAGAGGAGGAAUUAGCAAAGAAAGAGAGAUUGACACCAUGGAAUGUGGACACAUUGUCAAAAGAUGGAUUUUCUCAUUCAUACAUCAAUAAGUCCCAACCGAAAAAAGAAUUAACAGAUGAAGAGAAACAUGAACAAUUGCAGAGUUUUGUGGAGCGACAUGAAAAGGAUAUGAAGCAUUAUGGCAUGCUAAAUGACUACGAAGACAGCAAUGAUUACCUUCGUGAUAAUCCUCACUUGGUUUGUGAAGAAACAGCCAGUUUUUUGACACUUUGGUGUGUUACACUUGAAGUUGAAGAAAAGACAGCUUUAAUGUGCCGUGUAGCUCACCAAACCAUUGUAAUGCAGUAUAUACUUCAAUUAGCAAAACAAUUAGAACGAGACCCUCGUUCAUGUGUUCCUGGAUUCUUUCAGAGAAUGAAAACAGCAGAAAAGCAAUACACAGACGCCUUUCGAGACGAGCUUCAAUCUUUCAUAGAACGUGUUAAAGCUCGUGCCAAAAUUCGUAUUGAAGAGGCGGUUAAAAAAGUUGAAGAGGAAGAAAGGCAGAAACGUUUAGGUCCUGGUGGUCUUGAUCCAGUUGAAGUGAUGGAUUCUCUUCCUCCUGAACUCAGGAGUUGUUUUGAAGAACGCAAUAUCCCAAAAUUACAGGACGUUAUUUCUAAAUUGCCAAAGGAAGAGGCUGCGUAUCACAUGAAGCGUUGCGUUGAUUCUGGUUUGUGGGUAGCUGAUGCAAAGUCGGCUGGACUGACUCCUGCAAGUGAAGAACUAAAGAAACACAAUAUAGAGGUUGAUGAUGAAUCAAGUGAUGAACAUUAUGAAGAUAUCAAUAAUGAAGACAAGGAUGAGCUAGGACUGGAUUGAUAGUGGUGUUCGUUGUUAUUAAUCAAUGGUGUGUGUGCUGUUUAUUAUUAUUAUUAUUAUUAAAUACUUGAUACCACAAUAAAAUAAUCAAUACACAAGUUAACUAUGAUACAC